AUGGCAUCGACACAUGCACAUGCCUCAACGUCCUCCUCCGGCGGCGUAGCUGGACCGGCUGGCAGUGAACGCUUUAGCAAUCGAGACUCGCUCUACUCGCAACUGCGGUGGUCGUCACACCACCAACCUAUCACGCGACGCCGCCGACUCGAGCUGCUGCGCUCGUACCUUCCCGAUUGGAUCAUCACAAUCCUGCUUGCUGGGCUGCUGGCGAUCAUCAACAAUGUACACGGCUUCCGUCGCGAGUUCUCACUGACCGACGCGUCGUUGCAGCACACGUAUGCGGUGCACGAGCGCGUGCCAACGUGGCUGUUGGGUGUGUUGGCGGUGCUGAUUCCGGCGCUGAUCAUCGUCGCGUUUUCGCUCGGCGUCUCGCGUUCGGUUUGGGAUCUGCACAACGGCCUCUUGGGGUUCGUCCUCGCCAACGCUCUCACCGUCACCGUCACGACAAUUUUGAAGGUAUGCGUGGGGCGACCACGUCCUGACGUGAUCGAUCGAUGUCAACCGCGCACUGGCUCUGCUAACGCUGUGCCCUACGGUCUAGUCACGGAUAUUAUCUGCACUGUGGGUGUCAACAGCAAGACCCUGCGCGAUGGCUUCCGCUCCUUCCCCUCCGGACACGCAAGCACCUCGUUCGCCGGCUUGACGUACCUGUCGCUCUACCUUGCGGGCAAGUUGCACCUGUUCGACCGCCGCGGCCACGCCGUCUCCGCGUGGCUCUGCGGCAUCCCCCUCAUGGCCGCCGCGCUCAUCGCUGUCAGCAGAACCAUGGACUACAGACACCACGCUACGGAUGUGCUCGCCGGCGGGCUGUUGGGCCUGGUCGUUGCGUAUUGGUCGUACAAGUUGUACUAUCCGCCGCUGAAUCAUGCGCAGAGCCACAAGCCGUACUCGCCCAGAAUUCCGAAGGAGCACUUGGCGGGUGCAGGCGAGGCCAGGUAUGGGGAUGGAGAGGAAAAUGGCGCGAGAGAGGGGGAGAGGGAGGGAUUCAGGAGGUUUGGGUUCGGUGAAGGCGGUUCGGAAGGGAGAAGGUUUGCGGAGGAAGAGGAGGCCGAUGCGACAAAGCCUGGGCCGGGGCAUGCGUUGGAUGCCUCGCUUGACUAUCCGGAGAGGGACACCGUCCCACGUGUCUAG